AUGAAGAGCGCCCUCGCCUUACUGGCGGACGAUGUCAGUGAGGCGCUGGCCCAGCUCUCCAAGGCGACGGAGGCCGUGGUCAUUGCCGGCACACUGCAGGAGAAGAAAGCCGCAGAAAUGGCAGCGCGCCCCAUUAUGCGGGAGGCCCGAAGCAAAAUAAGCAUUCUGCGUGCUGAGGUGCGCCGAACGCAGGACCCGGCCACGCGGGCCCAGUACGAGAAGCUUUGCCACGAGGCCGAUGGGACCGUGCGCUCCUUAGAUGGCGAGAUGAAGCAGCAGAUUUACCCAAAGCGUACGGUGCCACGGGAAAAGACCUACACGGAGCGGAAGGAGGAGGAGUUGCUGGGGGCCGGCGGGGCGGAUGGGACGGGGUUCACGGACUCUAAGCAGGUGCUUCAGUCCGCUGUCAAUGUGCAGAGGGACGCACUAAUUUCUUUAGAGCGGGCGGAGCGACUGCAGCACGUGACAGAGGAAACAGGCCAUGAAACGCUCAAGACGUUACGGCAGCAGACGGAGCAGAUGUACCAGGUGGACGAGGAGCUUCGGAACUUGCAAGGAGGGCUUGACCGCGCGACACGUGAGGUGCGGUGGUUUUAUCGUCAGUUGGCUGGUGAUCGGUGUUUUCUUUCGCUCCUUGGCAUAUGCGUAGUGGCACUGGCAGUGCUGGUGUUUGUGAUGAUUUACAAGAAGCGCCACAAGUGA